AGCGCUCCACGAGCUGCUCGUGGACCCCAGGGCGGCCGACGGCGGCGCCAUCGCCGGUAUCCGGGAGGCCGUGGCCGCGGGCACGCUGCGCCUGCCGGAGGCGCUGACGCUGCUCGUGCAGCUCAUGGUCAACAUGACCUCGGCGAACGCGCUCGGAAACAUGCUCUUCCGCCUGGCCUCCGAGAAGGAGGCCGCAGAGGAGGUGGCCUCUGAUCUGGAAGGGCUCGCGGAGGCAUUCGUCGAGGAGGUUCUGCGACUGGAUGCUCCGCUGCAACGGAACCCCAGGCGAGUUGUUGCAGAUCCACGGGGGCGCUGGAAGGACACGCCGCUCCGUCAAGGCGACCAGGUCCUCUGCUUCCUGGGCGCCGCCAACAUGGACCCCGCCGCCUUCGAGCGUCCCACGGAGUUCCUGCUCCGGCGCGGCGGCGGGAAGCCUGGGGCGCUCAGUUUUGGCAGCGGCAUCCACUACUGCCUGGGCUCUAGCAUCGUCAGGCUGGAGGCAUGUUUGGUACAAUCGCUGGAGCUGCCCCAACGCGACAGGAGCAUGGCCGAGGAGGACUUGGAGGACGGAGUGGGAAGAUAUUAUGUUUGGUUUGACAUUCAUGGUCAAGGACCCCACCUAGAAGGGGCAAAGUGAGACCCCUUUGAUUGAGAACCCGUCUUACUUGGGUAGAGAUUUUGCCAGUGGAAGGGUGAUGGGGCAAAGGAUCAGGAAAACGAUAAGGCAGUUGAUCAUGGAAUGCGAUAAAGCCGAUUCGGUGUAUGGUAUUUAUUAGGAUGGUGGUCCGUGCCAGGCUCGAUUCGAGUGAACAUGCAUGAGGGAGUGGAUGCGGCGGAAACUUUGUUUCUAUUGGUUCUGACCAUCAAGAAUGUGGUCACUACGACAGGUCGGGCUCGGUUCCGCCCUCGCGCGUUCUGUUGGCUCGGACCCCGUGCUGCUCCACAAGUACACGCCGGUCGUUGAAAGUAGGUAUUUCUAGCUUCCCAG